UUAUCUUGUUUGUCUCCAUACCACCGCAAACACCGCCUCAGUAUCUGGUCGGUAUUUACAACCAUCUUCCGCCUCCAUCUCUCCGGCUCAUCCACUCCAUUGGAGCCAAUUUGACCUACAUUUGAAAUGAAUUUCGAUCAGAUCCUCUCUGCCAUUGGAGGCUUUGGCAGAUACCAGAAAAUUCUCUACAUAUGGAUAUGUCUACCUCAGAUCCUCCUCGCCUUCCACAUGCUGGUGAGCAUCUUCACCGGAGCCACGCCGCCUCAUCAGUGCCGCGAGGGCUCGAGUCCAGCAGCGGGGAAUCAGUCCCUGUAUUCAGCCACCCUGAACUUCAGCCUCUCCAACUCCUCCUGCUUCUCCCAGGAUGUCGUGCUGCUGGGCAACGGCACUCAGCGCGUACCGUGCGGUGACGGAUGGGUCUAUAGCAGGGAGACUUUUGAGAGCACCAUCGUCACCGAGUGGGACCUGGUGUGCAGCAAAGCUGUGUUCAACAACAUUGGAUCAUCUAUCUACAUGUUUGGCCUGCUGGUGGGAUCGGUGGUGUUUGGAGCCAUGGCUGACAGGUAUGGCCGACGUUUCGUCCUGCUGCUGUCCCUCGCUCUCCAGACUGUGUUCGGUGUCGCUGUGGCUUUUGCACCCAACUUCCCAGUCUAUGUGAUUCUUCGCUUUGUAGUUGGCACAACAAUAUCUGGUGUCAUCAUCAAUGCUUUUGUACUUGGUACUGAGUGGACAUGCACCAAGAGACGCAUGCUGGCUGGUAUCAUCACCGACUAUGCCUAUGGCCUGGGUUAUAUGCUGCUAGCAGGAGUAGCAUAUCUUAUAAGAGACUGGAGAAAGCUGCAACUAGCAAUAUCAGCCCCGGGCUUCCUGCUUAGCUUCUAUAUAUGGGUGCUUCCCCAUUCUGCCAGAUGGUUGUUGGCCAACAACAGGAGAGAGGAGGCCAUCGCUCUCCUUCGCAAGGCAGCGCUGGUUAAUGGUCGUGUCUUACCUCCCACCGUACAGGUUGAGAAGUGUGAGAUAUCGGUCGAGGGGAAGAGAAGUCACUCGGCUGUCGAUCUGGUACGCACGCCUCAGAUGAGGAAAAGAUCUCUGAUCUUGUUCUAUGUUUGGUUUGUGAAUGUGCUGGUCUAUUACGGUCUCUCACUGGGCGUGUCCAGGUUGGGGACAGACCUCUACCUGACCCAGUUUGUGUUCGGGCUGGUUGAGAUCCCAGCUCGUUCUCUGGUCCUCGUCUUGCUGCCCUUCAGCCGCCGUCUCACUCAGAGUGGCUUUCUGGCAAUCGGAGGCCUCGCCUGUCUGCUCAUGCUUGCGGUGCCUGCAGAUCAUCCUAAUCUCCUGAGUGGUCUCGCCAUGGUAGGGAAGUUUGGCAUAGCGGCGUCGUUUGCUGUGAUCUAUGUCUACACUGCUGAGAUAUUCCCCACGGUGCUUCGGCAAACAGGAAUAGGCGUAUCCUGUAUGUUUGCAAGGAUGGGUGGUGUGCUGGCACCCAUUAUCAACAUGCUGCAUAACCACAGCCCGGCCACACCCCUCGCCAUCUUCGGCAUCUCCCCGCUUCUGGGAGCUGUCCUAGCCCUGGCCCUUCCUGAAACUGCCGACAGACCUCUUCCAGACACAGUGGAGGAUGCAGAGAACUGGGAUGUUAGGACACCUCCAACCGAGGAAAACCCAGAGAUGCAUGAAGAUGAUAGCCAAUCAGGACGCAGCACAGAGAAGCUGGAGUUAUGCAAUCUGGCAAGCCACACCUAAUGCACAGCCUCAGCUUUGUUGCCAGAAAUACUACUUUUCACAAAACUCUCUAUGCAAUUACACGUCAGGUGUUUGAUUCUGAGCAGAACAUAUUUCAAAUGGGGAAAAAAAGCACCGAACAGUCAGAAAUAUUUGUGUUUUACAAUCUUUUAAAUCCAUCAGAGAUUUACACCUUUUACUUGAGGUUUGAAUGUGGGUCGGCAGAGUAAUAGCUCCUAUUAGGAUUUUGCAUAUGUGUAUAUAUUCAUCCAUGCAUGAGAGCACUCAUACAUCACUUCCCUGCCACCAGACCAUCUGCACCGCCUUUUGGGUGAAAACAAUCAGCGUAAAAGUGUAUUAUUGUAGGGUCUUUACAUCAAUAUAAAACUGAAUUGGAUUGUUCUGUAAGUAUGUAUGUCAUUUAAGUCAAAUUUAAAGAGUAAACAGUCACAUUUGUAAAAUCUGCCAGUUUAAUAAUAACUCUAUAGCAACAAUGAAAACGCAGCAAAAAUUAAUUUAAUCUUCUCCUGUAAGUAAGUCGGCUAACAGUUAGCUUGUCAGACAUGGCUACAACAAGCUAAAGCGACUUCCUCUCUCCUUCUGCGACACUCGUUAACUCCAGAAACUUCUUGUAGAACCACAUGCAUUAACUUGAAGUAAUAGUUCUCUGUAUGUCUUUCUCAGUCUACCACGUUAUCGUGGAGGAAUUCUGGGAUAUCUUCCUUACAGCGUUGUUUCAGUUCAUUGAGGUUUGCAGGCAUUUGUUUAUACACAGCUCUGUUAAGCACCUGCAACAGCAUUUCAAUCAAAUUGAAGUCUUGACUUCAACGGGACCAUUGUAACGCCUGGAUUCUUUUCAUGUUCAGCCAUUCUGUUCCUGCUGUGCUGUUACAUGACCAUAUUUGGGUCAAACGUUAGCUGACGGACAGAUAGUCACACAUUUGACUUAAGAUCACUUGUGUGUACAAAGGAGUUCAUGGUCGACUCAGUCACUGAAAGAUGCUUAGGUCAUAUGGCCAACAGGAAGCCUGAAUCAUCACCCCUCCACCACCGUGCUUCACAGCUGAUAUGAGCUGUUAGUGCUGAUAUGCUGAGUUUGGUUUUUACCAAAAGAUAUUCUUAAGAAGUGUUGUGGUUUGUUCAGAUGUUACUGUGCAAACCUAAGCAUUGGUGCCAUGUUCUUUUUAGAGAGGAGAUGUUCUCCUGGUAGCUCCUCACAAGCAAGCGACUUAUUCUGUCUUUUUUUAAUUGUACUGUCGUGAACUUUAACAUUUAACAUUCUAACUGAAGUGUGUAGACUCUGAGAUGUAGCUCACGUAGCUGUUUUUUGCAGUUACUCUGAGCAUUGCCUGGUCUGACCUUGGGGUCGGAUUCGGUAAUGUGUUAACACACACCUGAAUGCACCAGACCAUCAAACGUCUGCUUUUAUAGAAGUGGUCACGCUUGUUUUUAGUCAGUUAAAUAAACUGUGUUCUAUUAUCCUCUUAAUUGCUUUGGAAGUUUUAAAGGUGUACUUGGGUCUUCACGGGCAGCGUGAAGUCCAGUGAAAACUUUCUGUUUCACGUGACUGUAACGGUGCUGAUUGUUGAUCUGGGCAUAGGCCCACUGUGUGCUGCGUGCUAUAAAUUAGCAAAGAUCUCCGGACUGUGUUUCGCACCACUUAAAAUUAGGUAUUGUUUUCACUGGGUGUGCGGUUGCUGUUCAGGGCAAAAUCCCUGGACACGCUGUUCUUGUGAUUGUGGGGGGCCGAACGCACAACUAAACGUUAUUUAAAGACUGGAGAAGAAGACUAGCAGACUGCCAAAGGCAGCACACCUAUUCUCCAAACAUUAUUACUGCAUUUUAAACAUUUUGUUCAAAGAAACAUGUUUGAUAUUUUUGUAUGAAAGUGUUUUUGUUUUGGGCAUAUGUUGGUUGUAGCACAAAUUUAUAUUGCAAGCAACUGCCUCAUCCUCGUCUCAAGCCAAGAAAAAUGAAACUAGUCAAGAGAGACUGCAUGCACUAAUGAAGCCUUUU